ACCAUCUGUUGUCAAUACUUUGCGAUCGCGAUUAGACCGAAGUUUAUCAAUUUUCCAGCGUUUAUCGUAGGCCAGAAAACGGUAAACGAGAAUUUUCAAGCAUUACUAUAUCACGUAUCGAGCAGCGAUGUUGUGUUGUAAAAUUCAACGAUGCCGCGUCGUUUCUGGGGUGUGAGGAGGCUUAUUAGAAUGCCUUUAGCCGAAGGAGGGGAACAGUACUCAAUAUGGGUGGGGUUAAUCUACAUAUUCAACCUGAUAGUGGGGACAGGAGCACUAACACUGCCAGCAGCAUUUGCCCGAGCAGGAUGGAGCCUCAGUACAAUCUCGGUUGUGUUUCUGGCCUUCUUGAGCUUCAUGAAUGCCACAUACGUCAUUGAGACUAUGGCCUGUGCCAAUGCAGUGUUCAAGUGGAAGAGAUUGCAGACCAUUAAAAGAGAUAGUAUACAAGAUCAUGACCAUGAUUCGGAAGAGGAGUCUCAACAGCGCUCAUUUGGCGAUAUGGAGGAGCCGCUGGUCUGUGGAGACUCCAUACCCUCGCGAUACUACAGCCUCGACCGCCGCAUCGAGCUCGGCGAGAUGGCCAACCUCUUCCUCAGCAGGACCGGUCGGACUAUGUUCUUCGUCCUGAUUUGUGUGUACUUAUAUGGAGAUCUGUCCAUAUACUCGGCGGCAGUAGCCAAGUCUGUCAUGGAUGUUGUAUGCUCAUCUAUCCCGUCGAACGUUACGAACCCGAAGGAGUGGGACGAGCUACCAUGCUUCAACUCCACGACAGCCGCGACGUACACCCGAUUGCAGGUCUACCGGAUAGCGCUGCUGACCUUCGUCGGUGCUAUGGGCCCGUUCGUCUUCUUCAACGUGCAAAAGACCAAGUACCUCCAGCUGUUUACCUCGGGCAUGAGGUGGCUUGCGUUUACAAUAAUGAUCUCGCUGGCGAUUCACUUGCUGGUCGGUCGUGGACCGCAGGGAUCCCCGCCGGCCUUCGACGUGACCGGACUGCCUACCCUGUUCGGCGCGUGCGUCUACUCGUUCAUGUGUCACCACUCGCUGCCCGGGCUCAUCAGUCCCAUACGAGGCAAGAACCGUCUUGGUCUACACCUCGCGCUAGACUACACCCUCAUUACAAUAUUCUACCUCCUCCUAGCUUUCACCGGAGCCUUCGCCUUUGCCCAUCUCAGCGACCUCUACACCCUCAACUUUGUACCGACAGACAACGAAAACAUAUUCCUAGAAGUAGUCGAAUACUUCCUCGCUCUCUUCCCAGUGUUCACCCUCUCUACCAGUUUCCCCAUCAUCGCUAUUACGUUAAGAAACAAUCUCCAAAGUCUCUUCUUAGAUACCUCGCGUAUCGAAUCAUACAACUUCGUGUUAAGGAAGUUGUUGUUCCCCAUAGUGACAGUGGCGCCGCCGCUGUUGCUGACGUAUUAUUUAGAAGAUAUAGGGGUCCUUAUAGAAUUCACAGGGUCAUACGCAGGUACCGGGAUCCAGUACCUGAUACCUACGUUCCUGGUGGUGUCCGCGAGACGGCACUGCAACAAUUUGCUAGGGCUAGGAGUGGUUAAUAAAUACAAAAGCCCAUUUUCUCACAUGGCGUGGGCGGUGUUCGUGCUGCUCUGGUCGCUCAUGUGCGUCAUUCUAGUGUCAGUGAACAUUUCCGAAAAGAACUCAUGACAGUGAACGAAUUGCUUAUACGCUAUUUAUACUCGCAUUUAAACUUGUAACAAAUACCUGUAUAAUCCAGUUAUUUUUUUAUUUUUUUAUACUUGGAAGUUAUUUUACGAUACUUGCUAGUGACAGUAACAACAUUUGUCUAAUGUCUACUGCGUUAUAAUUUAUUUAAUGAUUCAUUGAUCAAUGAAUAUUACUUCGAUCAAUUAUUAUAGCGUGCUUAACAAGAGUGAUAGUAUAAACUGUCUGAAACGUAGAUACAUCUCUUAUUUUUAUAUAUUUACUUUGUGCAUUUUUGUAUACUUUAUGUAUAUGUUAGGAUAAUUAAAUUAUGUAUUUCAAAAUGUAGUAGUAGACUGAUGUCUGUAAAAUUAUAGUCGCAGAAUCGGUCGUUCGCACUGGUAAGUGAAUAUCCACAUUGAUAGGUGCCUAAUGGAUAUUCAUGUAAUAAUUUGCAGUAUUAUUAUAAGUUUCGAAUGAUACGAAAUGCUGGUGGUCCAUGUAACGAUUUAAUUGUCGGAACUUGAAUCUACGACAGAUAGGAGGCAAUCAUAAUCUGUAAAGCGGCGGACCAUCUCAUUCAUUAAUUAAAACACAUAAUAACGGGUUCUUACCGCGUUUAAAAUAGGGAUAUGAGACUCCCGAUAUUUCGACACCGUUGCAAGUGCCAUGAUCACGGGAUGACUGAUGAGAUUGGAGUGGAGUAGGUAGAUCCAUAAUUUUCUACGGGCAGACAUGUCUGGCAUAUGUAUGCUAGAUAUGGUAGACAGAUGUCUACCCUCUUUCUUUGCCGCUUGUUUAUGUAUUUGAUAUCGGAAUGUCAUGUCAUGUUUGUGUGUGUUCCGGUGAUCAUGGCACUUGCAACAGUGUCGAAAUAUCGGGAGUCUCAUAUCCCUAUUUUAAACGCGGCAUGAACCCGUCAUUAUGAGUUUGUUUAAAAACCUAGUAAGUCCUACCCAGACAGUAGAUGUAAUAAAUAAAUAAUUUAUAAUCAAAUGUUCGUUGGAUUGUCUGUCACUACUGGGCAAAGACCUUUCUCCACUGUAACUGCCAGUGGCAGCCCUAGGGCGGUGCGAGCGGUGUGACCGCAUCAGGCGCCGUAAUAAGGGGUGCCAAAAUUAACCAAGACUGGUCCACCCUGGCCGAAAACUAACUUCAUCGGGUUAGACUGCGGCCACGUAAAACUCAUACAGGGUGGCCGUAAACAAUAUUUUUAAAAGAUUUAAAUAGGUAAAUUUCGAUGGCCGUGCACUAAUCGAAAAAUUU